CUACUCAAGUAGAAAGUUGUACAUAAGUUUUGAUUUACUGAGUGCAAUGUUUUUAGUACAAAGUUAAUUGUUAUAGCAGUAGCUUAAACUUAAACAAGGAUAUAUACAUGGGGAAACUUGUUUCAAGCUGGUCUAGUGUCCAAAAUUUGCCAGAAGAUUAUUCUUUCCGGUGGAGCAGAGACCUGGCGAGGAAUUUUCAGUUCCUGUAUGCUAAGCCAUCCCAGUUAUCGAUCUUGGGGAGGGAAGCCAUGAUCGAGCAGGUAUUAUUCAACAAAUAAUCAAUGCAAGCCAAGAUUUCGGACUUUUUCCAGGUGAUCAACCAUGGAGUUUCAGGUGUCUUAAUGGAUGAAACUAUGAGUGUGGUGAAAGAGUUCUUUAACAUGGCAGAUGAAAGGAGAGCAGAUGUUUUUACGGAUGAUCAUACGAAGAGCUGCAGAUUCCGUACCAGCAGUACUAACUAUGCAACAGAAGAAACUCACUACUGGAGAGACUUUUUAAGGCACCCUUGUCAUCAUUUGGAAGAUUUUAUUCAUUUGUGGCCUCAACAUCCAACUACAUAUCGAGAUGUUGUCGGGAAGUACUCAGUCGAAGUGAGGAACCUGUUGCUGAGGAUCAUGGAGUUGAUGUCUGAAGGAUUAGGACUUGAACCUGGUUUUUUUGAAGGCGAACUUAGUGAUGACCUAUUGAUUUUAACCAAUCACUACCCACCAUGCCCGGAUCCAAGUUUGUCUCUGGGACUACCAAAACACAGUGAUCCAAAUCUUAUUACCUUGCUUCUUCAGGAACAUGUUUAUGGCCUUCAAGUGUAUAAAGAUGGUCAGUGGCUUGGCGUCGAGCCCCUCCCGAAUGCAUUUGUGGUCAACAUUGGUUACCAACUACAGGUUGUUAGUAAUGACAAGUUUAAAGGCGCUGAACAUCAGGCAGUCACAAACUCAAGAGAAGCUCGGACAAGCAUUGGUGCAUUUAUGGGACCAUGUAACAACUGCAUCAUAGAGCCGGCUAAAGCUCUCAUCACUGAAGACAAUCCUCCUCAUUAUAAAGCUUUCAAUACCAAGAGUUUCUUAAAAAUUACGUGGCAACGGCUGCUGGUCACACAGAAACUGCAUUGCUGGCUUUCAAUGUUUUAGUAGUAAAGCAUCUUGAAUGAAGUUGUCACGCUUAGCUGUGUGCCUGUGUUUAAUCUAAGCAAGGGUAAUAUUCUAGCUGACAGUUUGCCGGUAUUAUUGGUUUUAAGCCUUUUUGCAA